ACCAAAGAAACGAGCCAUGAGCUCCGAGACGCCAGCUCUCCCUUCACAGCUUCUUACCUUGCCCAGACGAGAGCUUCAUUCUUUCGAGCCCCUAAUGCCGACACAAUGCUAGGACGAAUCUACACGAGGAUAUCGCCUUCAUUGGCUGCGAUCCUCAUCCUCUGCUUCUUGCUGACAACGGCCGAAGCCUCGCUGGGGGACCGCCUGCCUGAGUUUCGGGAAUGCGUCCAGGUUUGCGCCAGAGAGAAUUGCGACCCCAAUAACAAUCCCACGCGUAUCCCUCUCCACCACCGCCUCCUCCUCUGGACCUGCCCGCAAGAAUGCGACUACACCUGCCAACACAUCAUCACAUCGCGCCGCCUCGCCCGUGACGAACCCAUCGCCCAAUUCCACGGCAAAUGGCCCUUCACUCGGGUCCUAGGCAUACAGGAGCCCUUCAGCGUGCUCUUCAGCCUGGGCAACAUGGUCGCGCACCAACACGGGCUCGCCAAGCUGCGCGCCCAGAUCCCCGCCGACUACCCGUUGCGCCGGUACUACUGCCUGUUCGCCUACUUCGGUGUUGUCACCUGGAUCUCGAGCGCCAUCUUCCACACCCGCGACUUCAUCUUCACCGAGCAGCUCGACUACUUCGCCGCCGGCGCAAGCGUCCUCUACGGCACCUACUACACCCCCAUUAUGGUGUUUCGGCUCGACCGGCCCACGCCGCUCAGAAGGAGCAUCGUCAGGAUGUGGACGGGGCUCUGCUGUGGCUUGUACGCUAUGCACGUCAUAUACCUGAAGAUGUGGAAGUGGGACUACUCGUACAACAUGGUGGCAAAUGUUGUCGUUGGGCUGGUGCAGAAUGCGUUAUGGACGUACUUCAGCUGGAGGAAGUACACUGAGACGCACCGGUCUUGGGCCAUCUGGCCCGGGUGCGUCGUGGCCUGGCUUAUGAUGAUCAUGAGUCUGGAACUGCUAGACUUCCCCCCGAUAUGGGGAGCGCUGGAUGCACAUAGCCUAUGGCACCUUGGUACCAUUGUGCCAACUAUUGUGUGGUACAAUUUCCUGGUCAAGGAUGCUCAGGAUGACAUUGCUGGAAGUGCUCGAUUAAAAUCAUGAGAGAUAGGAUCCCAAACAAACAUCAUUGCCCGGCACAACAGUGAUUAUGAGGCGUACUGGACCCAGGUUCCAAGUACGCUCUGCGGUUUGCCUCGACGCGGGUCAGUUUUGGAGGACCUUUUGUGUCCCGGGUUGCAUGUUACAAAUGGCUCUUAGGUUGCACCUCUGGGAGUUGCGGUUUGGCGAAACGCUAGUUGCUAGGAGUGGUCUAAUGAUCAUAUGACCUAUACCUAUAGCACAACAUAUUCUUCGUUACCAUACCCUAUCAAUGACACUUUUAUUCAUGUUUUUCUUUACACGAGCUGGACUUGAAAUGGUGUGGUUUGCUACUAGCGACCUUUGUUAUGGAUAGUUGAAAGCGCGGAGUAUUGCCUUCGAACUGGCCUACUAACAUUUCUGUUGUGUUGACGAUUGAUACAUGUUCC